UGGCAGAACAGAAUAGACAACCGUCAGCCUGACUGACAGGGUCGUCCAAUGAGUGAAGGAAGGGCCGGUCCCCUAGGCAGAAGAGACAAUCUAUAUAUACAAAGCUUGCGGCUUAUGAUGACACUAGUGCUGAAGCUGGUUCUGGUGAUGCUACUAUUGGAGAGAGGAACCCCAUUGGUUUCUCCAAAUGGGUCGACGGGAGGCGACAUGGACGGAAACAGGUUGGUGGUAGCAGAACCAAAAGACUACUCCAAGUGGCUACACCAAAUCCAAAUGGGCUCAUUCAACAAGCAUGCCUUGUUCCAGAAAUCCAACAACAAGCCGAGGCCGUGCUUGACCCUUAAAGUGAGGAAGCACAAACGCCACUCGAAAUCCUCCAGGAUGUUCACCACCCUGCACAAGGCAAUAGAUUCCAUCCCAGUUGUGAAUAACUGCCGAGUUGUCAUCUCCAUUGGCAAAGGAACUUUCAGGGAGAAGGUUGAGAUACCUGCAACGAUGGGCUACGUAACCCUCAAAGGCGCUGGUGCUGGGAAGACCAUUAUCGAGUGGGGUGACACAGCCGAUAGAAUUGGGAGAGAUGGGCAUCCAUUGGGAACUUAUGGCUCCGCUACUUUCGCUGUCAACUCUCCUUACUUCAUUGCCAGGAACAUUACCUUCAAGGCUAUUCUCAAUGACAGUUCCAUUUUCCUUUGCUUUGCUCUGCUCAGAACACUGCACCACCACCACCAUCAGGAGCUCUAGGGAAACAAGCGGUGGCCCUUAGAAUCUCCGCUGACACGGCCGCGUUCAUUGGCUGCAAGUUCAUCGGAGCACAGGACACCUUGUACGACCACACUGGCAGGCACUACUUCAAGCACUGCUACAUCGAGGGCUCGGUCGACUUCGUGUUUGGGAACGGUCUGUCCUUGUACGAGAAAUGCCAUUUGCACGCAGUCACCAAUAGCUUCGGGGCCCUGACAGCGCAGAAGAGAGGGAGCUUGCUGGAGGAAACAGGGUUCUCGUUUGUGGGGUGCAAGGUCACUGGGUCAGGAGCUCUGUAUCUAGGAAGGGCGUGGGGGUCUUUCUCUAGGGUGGUCUUUGCUUACACUUUCAUGGACAAGAUCAUUACCCCUCCUGGGUGGUACGACUGGGGAGAUAAAAACAGGGAAAUGACUGUGUUUUUCGGGCAGUAUAAGUGUUCAGGGCCGGGAGCCAAUUUUGGAGGGCGAGUUCCGUGGUCUAGGGAGCUUACUGAUGCAGAGGCUGAGCCCUUUAUUUCUCUUGGUUUCAUUGAUGGCCAUGAUUGGCUCCCUGAUUUGUUGUAACAGUUUCUGAUGGAACACGUAUAAAAUCUGCCAAUUCGAAUACAGAGUGUUUUCGUAAGUAACAAGUAUGGUUGCGCAUAAAAUGGACAAGGAUACUCAAGUUGGUCUGCCUAUUUCGAGCGUAGAGAUUACUUCCUAACCUGAACUUGAACUCUUGCUGCACAUCAACAUGUUGAUGCACCUCAUCUGUUGCUGCUGAAGCUGCUAUUGAGGCAGCCCCCUUGCAAAAUAAUGGUGACGAGGAGAAGCGCAAGGGUGCAACAUCAGGCAAGGUGUUCUCAGACUGGUGGCAACACUGUAAUAAAGUUACAGUGGACGGUAAGCCAAAAGCAGAUUGCAAGUACUGUAGGAAGAAAAGCUUGAUUGAACAACACAUCUGAAGAAUCAUUACUUCAGAUGUACUAAAGUGAAGCAGCUUGGAGAUAUAAGGUAGCAACUCUUACAGGACAGUCUGAACAACGAGAAUUCCAGUUGACAUCAUUCAACUUCAGUCAUGAAAAUUCUCGGAAAGAACUAGUAAAGGCCUUUAUAGAACAUGAGUAUCCUCUAUCGAUAGUGGAGCAUAAAGGGUUUUGAGUUAUAGCAUGAGUUUGAACCCCUACUUUAAGAUGGUGUGUAGAAACACCAUAAAAAGACUAUCUCGCCAUUUAUUAUUUUGAAAAGCAGUUGAUUCGAGCCUAAUUGUACAUGUUUUGCCCCCGUUUUACUUAGGUGUUUGUGCCAAAUUCACUCCUAAAAGGUUGGUUUUACGCUAGGUUCCUCGUGUUUUAGUGUAUUUUAAGAUUUAACAGGUGAAACCAGCCUCGGAGUCGAAAGUUGGGCGAAAAGGAUCGAAAAUCGGGAGAAGAGGUGAAAAAGGGCCAGUUCACGGCUAACCAAGGAAGUUCACGGUCUUGCAUGACCGUGAAGAAGAGCUCUUGACCGUGAAUCGCGAGACGUCCAGAGCCAAAAUGGAGGUU